AAACCAGAUGUAGUAUAAUUUUGUUAUAAAAUAGAUUUGGAUCUUAGGAAAUAGAGAAAAUGAGUUGUGCACUCUCACUCCUCAUUUUAUCUUCCCUACCGCCCUCCCAUGUCUGAUAGUACUUCCAGCUCCCACCCCUACUGUCACCCUCCAACAUCCUCCCCUUUCUCCUUUUUUAUUCUUCUAUAAAUCAAUCCAUUAUUCCCAUUCCUCCCUCUCUUUCUCUUCAUUCCCUUUACACCUCUCUCUCUCUCUCUCUUUCCCCCUCACAAACACAACAACACACUCUUUUCACUCUUCACUUUUCAUCGCACACCAACAUCAUGAUGGAAGGGAAUGGGAAUGGAAAUGGUUAUACCAUAGAAAGAAUGUCAAAGGAAACCAAAACCGAUAAACCGGAAUCACCGGAACUCCCAGUUUCCGGUAACCAACAGAAUAUCACAGACGAAGACGAAGCACUCAUCAUGGAAACCUUCUCAUCUAAAGCCCGAUGUUGUUCCUUCAUCCCCUGUUUCGGGUCCCGACCCAGCCCGGCCCGAUCCGGUGGAUUUUCCGGGUCAUCAUCGUCGCCGUCGAUGUGGGAGAGGCUGCAACAGACGGCUGAGAUUGAGAAUAAGUGGUGGGCUGGGCCUUUAAAGGGCCUUAAGAAAAUAAGAGAGUGGUCCGAGAUCAUUGCUGGGCCUAAAUGGAAGACUUUUAUUCGCCGAUUUAAUCGUGGUACUGGCAAGAAUGGUGCUGCUUCUGGGAAAUUCCAAUAUGAUCCUUUGAGUUAUGCGCUUAACUUUGAUGAUGGACCGGGGCAGAAUGGUAAUUCCGAGGAAGAUGGUUAUUUUCCGGAUUUCUCUUCUCGUUUUGCUUCUAUUCCUCUUUCUUCUCGAACGUCGAUGGAUUUGGGCAAGAAUGGAAUUCCUGCUCUUUCUUGAUUUUUUUUUUUUUAGUUGUAUAAAAUUUCUUUACUGAAGAUUUUUUUCUUAAUUUAUCUUUGCUAGGUCUUUGUGACUCUAUUACACACACCAAGAAAAAAUUGUUCAUAUGUAACUUUUUUGACUGCGGGUGAAUUUACUUAAGUUUUCACCAAUUUAUGAAAUUCAAUGGAGUACAAAUAAUA